CGAAAAACAUUUGUUUGAAUUUCGCAGGCUAGCGAACUGAUUGGUCGGGGAGGGAACGUGCCUCAUUUCCGAUUGGCUGGGCGCGUGUUGAUGGCGUCACCCGCAGCGACAGAUAAAGACACAUGACAUGAUAAACCCAGGCGUGUGCUUGAGUCGUGUGGAGUUUCAUGUGCUUGGAAUAGUAAAUCUGAACAGUAAGCAGGUUGGGAGGCGCAAAAGAGCUCAAGGGGAAUUCAUUUGCAACACAACUACAUUACAUUUUAAAAGGAGAGUAGCUGGCCAUGGCCCUGCACAGCUGGAGCGGUCCCCAGUUGCCUCCGGAGAUGUACCUGAAGAUAUUCCGGUGCCUCACACAUGAAGAGAAGGGGAGUGUGCGCUCCACGUGCCGGCUCUUCAAGCAGCUGAUAGACCAGCCUGCCUGCUGGCGGGACACCACGGUUAUCCUGAAAGGAAGCGUCGCAUACAGCCCAGGGUUUUGGGAGAUGCUGAAGAAGAGAAGGACGUGCUCCGUGCUGGUCCGCAAGGCGAGAGCGAAUCACUUGAGGAAGCUGCUUUGGUCGCUGCCCAGUCUCAGAGCUCUUGCUAUAGAUCCCAUCUCCGACGCGGGAAUCCUUGACUUGUUGACAGAGUUCAGGAAUGUGGAGAAGCUGGUUUUGAAAGUGGAUUUGAACACGCCUGCCAAGCUGUUCAUAGUCCACCACCUGAAUCACCUCACUCACCUCACUGUGUGCGACCUGAAGAGGCACUGCAGAGAAAACCAGCUGCUACGUGGGGUGUCUGCGCUCACAAACCUGCGCUCGCUGACCCUUCACUGUGACUGGGGGGACCCCGCUGUCAAACUGUUCCGCUUUGUUUUAUUCCAAUUGCCCAGUCUCAGGGAGCUCUCUGUCAAAGUGAACCCUUUUUACACGGCGCUGCAACCAGAUAGCUUUUCUCCACUGACCGGGGAGCAAUGCAACCGAAUAGGCCUUCCACACAGCUGUGUGUCUCGGCUUCAGCUGGAGAAGCUGGAGCUUCUCGACUGCGAGGACAUAGACCUGUGUGAAGAGUCCUUGAAUCAGCUGUCAUCCCUGCGCCGCCUGUUCGUUCACUUCACCUGUGGCGAGAGAGCGAGGCACUUCUCAAUUGAUCUGGAUUCUGUGCUCAGAAAGCUUCCACACCUGACAGAGCUGCGGCAGAAAAGGGGUAGGCUCAUCUGCAAAGCCCUGCCAGCCCACCUGGAAAGCCUGAGUCUGAACAGCGUGUUCAUGAAUCCUACGGUUUUGAAGAGGUUGGCAUCAGCAGAACUCAAACACCUCCGGCUUGACCACUGCACUUCUAAUAUUGAGAGCCUCAACGACUUCCCACAGCUGUUUCCACACCUGAAGACUCUCAGUAUCCGAUGCUUCCAUAUGACGGGUAAGGAAUUUGUGCACUUGGCUAAGCUCAGGUAUCUGGAGAAGCUGGAUAUUGUUGAUGUCAGCAGCAUCCCCUCCAUCACUAGACAGCAGCUGGAGGAGUUGAUCCGCGGCUUUCGGAUCACGAUGGAUAACAGGGUCCAGAUAGUGCAGCACCCAGAGCCACAGGAGAGAGCCGCCUGUGACUGCAGCGCACACUAGAGGACCUGCUUCUUUCCAUCUCACCUGGCCAUGGAUAUGUAUAUAAUACCUGCCGCAAAGGGGAUGCUUUGAUAAACCCACUGAGAUGAGCCAAAGCCAGAUGGGAUCAUUCUACUGCACGAUCCCCUGGAUUGCAUCCCCCUCCUAUCCCUGAUUAUCCUGGGACCACCCCUAAAUACAUCUACCCCGAUACUGUAAACUGCUCUUAUACAAUCCAGGGAGGGGUCAUCCCGGUGGGGUACAGGUUCAUCAAAUUGAACCCAGAGUUAUUAUGGGGUAACUCAUAACUAGGGUUGCGACUGGGGCUUAUUAUCGAGUGAAAAAGGGACGAAGCCAAGCUGCAGUGAUGUGAAAUCUGCUUAAUAAUGAUCACUACUUUCCCCUGUGUUGCAGAGUUUAGUGCAUUCAGAUGCAGUUCUUUUGUCCGGCUAAUACAGCCUUACGCAGUUCAGUCUUCGGUGCACUUCACUGUAUCGAAUCGCAGAGCGGUUCAUGGAGUUUGUCUGGAUUUCCCAAAGGUAGCUUAGGCUGAUAAAGGGGACCUUUCCACUGUGACAUCAGAACUCUGAUUCGAGGUGAUUGCCUUCAGGUUCCUCCUGAGCAGCACUGCCAGGGUCAUCUACCAAGGGAGUUACUGCUGUUAAAAAUACAGACAUGUAUUGACCUUUUCAGUGUUUUGCUUUCCUUCCAUUUCACUGUUUUAGAGCUGGACAUUCUGUCUCAGUGUUCCGCAGUGGGCGUGUCCUGCAGCGGAGCUUCCUGAUUGGUUUAUAAAAGUUCUGAGGUUUCUAAUCGCAAGCGAUACCUUUGUUACACUGAUAAAUCAUCAUCAGACUAAUGGCAAGGUUUUUGUGGUUAUAAAAGCCUCUUGCUUGUCCGAUAUUGAUGUACUUCACCAGUGUUACAAGCCUUGCAUUUUUAUUGAGAGACCCAACAGCAGGAUGUUAAUAUCUUCAAUCUUUGUUACUGCUCAGGAAGCUGCAGAAAUAUUUUGCCAGGUUAAGGAUACUGCUGUAUGUAAUUCCUGUUUGUACUGUAAAUAUAUACAUUGACAAUCAUUUACAUUCAUAACUAUUUAAACAUGUUCUAAUAAUUCAAA